ACAGGUCUGGAAGUGGAGGAGGAGGAGGAGGAGGAGGAGGAGGCAGGACGACGCUGCUGCUGCCGGAGCAGGAGGGGAAUGAUGGCGGAGAGCGACCAGAAGUGGCAAGUUUGAGGCGGCGAAGAAAAAGCGGGGACGACAUUUCGGAGGCCGAACACGAUGAGGCGAGUGGGAGAUGACUUCCCUGUGACUGUGUAGUUGAGACAACAGGGCUCCACAGCAGCUCCCCCUCACCAUGGCACCGCAUGCGUAAAAGUGGAGGAAUAAAAGUUGACCAGCAAUCCACUACACUCUCUCCCCGAAACCCUGCUUUUCUGACAGUGGCUGCAGAAACAAACAAACAAAAAUGAUCAAAGCAGAAAGCAAAGUGGGCGAGAGGACCCUGAGGAGUGCGUCCCCCCACAGAAACGCUUACAAGUCUGACUUCCACGCCAUCAAAUGCACCUUUGAUGGGCCAAAGUCUGAGGGCUCCGCCAAAUCGUAUACGAAUGGCUCCAGCGACACCCGGGAGGACUCAAGGGGGAGGCCGUUUGGCACCAGAGUGAAUAAGAUAAAGAACAUAUUCCUGCAGAUGGAUGGUCAGCAGCAAGAGUGUCAAGAAGCAAAACCGCCUUUAAAGUCUGAGGUGACCCCGGUUUCCCCGCCGAAGGUGCAGUUUCCGGUCAACACGCAAAAAGCCAACUUCAACACCACCGCAAGCCCUGAAACACAAAAUUUAGAGAAAACACCCAAGGGGGAGGAUGUUGAGAUUGACAAAGUGGCUUUGGCGGAGAAGUUUUCUUCGACCAGAAAACUCUUUGAAAGACGCGUCAAAGAGCCGCCCGCAGGUGAAAAGCAAUCCCCGAACAGAGUGGUGAGUCGCCUGUCCCUAGGAAGCGCCUCUGAUGAGGGGAAAAGCACAAGGAGAGUAUCGGGAUCUUCGGAGACCACUAUCAAAUCAGAGCAGACUCCCACAUCAACGGAAAACAGUCGAGAUGAAAAGGCUGAUGGUGAGAAAAAGAAUGUGUCGAGAGCGUCUCUGAAUUCGGGACCAAUUUCUCGGAGGCUGGAGAAUUACAUGGCUGAGAAUGACUCAGAAGACAACAACACGGCUUCUGGAAAAGGCGCGACGGUGUCUGCCAAGCAGCACAGUACCACUGAACACUCACUGCCUACCUCUCCAACAAGGGACAGCUUACAUAAACCGAGGUCUCCCGUCAAAGAAGCCACUAGCUCUUCACCUGUAACUAAUACCACUAACAAAAAUACAUCCCAGAUGCCGCGUGUCGUCGACAAACAGUCGACCCCUGGGUCUGAUUGCGGUCUCAAACCAACAACUCCAAUAAGUAAUGCAGCCCACAAGUCUGUUUCUCCAACAACUGAUGCCACUCACAAACCCCUCUCAUCAGAGAAAACGACUCCAAUUAGCCACGGCUACAAGGGCUCCUCGUCAACCAGUGAUGGAUUUAGCAGGACAUCUAUUGGUCGGGAUGAAAGCAAGCCACAUAGUCCACCCCCGAGGGAUGUGAAGCAGCCUCCUCCAUCAGCUGAUGGCUUUCAGGAAACCAACAGGACCAAAUACUCUGAAAAAUCCAAGAGUAAUGACAGUGUGGUACAUGUUCCUGCCAGGGAAAAUCCACCCAGCCAGAGCUCAUCACUGGACUCCAGAGGGGUGGGCAUGGUACGGGCAGAGUUGGUGGUUGUUCAGAAUGAGUCUUCGGAGAGUGAAGAGAAUGAAGAUGAGAACGCUGAAGAUUGUGUGUUCGUGGAGGAGACAGUGCAAAGCCUUACAGAGCAACCGAUAGAACUGAAAAGAACCUUUCAACCAGAAAUACAGAACUGUAACACUCCUAAUGAAGUCAUGGUAAGAGAUGUUGCAAGAGAGACACAAAGGUUAGCAGAGAGUGUGGGUGAAGGUAGAGUCCUCGAGGACGUAGAGGGAUUUGAGUCAGAUGAGGACAGAGGAGAAUAUAGUUUUAUUUCAAAUCAAGACGGUGGUGAUGAGGAAGAUGAUGAGGUAGCAGAGGAAGAGACUGAGCUGGAGGAGCAGGUGGGCGAGAGCAUCGUGGAUGGAGGCUCUCCAGUGGUGUACGGUAUUGAGAACGCAGCCUUUGUGGAUGACAGGGAUGCGGACCAUGUCCUCAGGGAAGAGGAGGAGGAAGAAGAGGAGGUGGAUCAAAUGUAUGUGGAGUAUGAUGACUGUUAUGAAGCCCCUGGUCUGUCAGAUGAGGAGGGGCCUCCCACAAAGAGGAAAAUCAACUUCUCCACAGGUCCAAUUCUGGUCUACAGUACUUUCUCCAAUGAGGAAUAUGAUCGGCGAAAUGAUGACGUGGACCCAGUAGCAGCAUCUGCAGAGUAUGAGCUAGAGAAGAGAGUGGAGAAGAUGGAUGUGUUUCCUGUGGAGAUCGAGAAAGGAGAGAAUGGACUUGGCAUCAGUAUCAUAGGAAUGGGAGUGGGAGCUGACCAGGGUCUGGAAAAGCUGGGCAUUUUUGUGAAAACCAUUACAGAGCAAGGAGCAGCUGAGAAAGAUGGACGGAUACAGGUGAAUGACCAGAUAGUGGAGGUGGAUGGUAUCAGUCUGGUUGGCGUUACCCAACUGUUUGCAGCUACAGUUCUGAAGAACACCAAAGGCACAGUGAAGUUCCAUAUUGGACGGGAGAAGCCAGGGACGCAAAGCGAGGUGGCGCGCCUCAUAAGCGAGACGCUGGAGCAGGAGAAGAAUCAAGAGCAGGAGGAGGAGCACCUAGAUGAUCCCUAUGAGCACUCCACAGAGGAGGACGAGCGCUAUGAGGAACAGGACGGAACGGAGGAGGGGAUUCUGUGCUCCAAUUUCUCUCCAGGGCGGAACGUAGAGGUGUUUGAGCUGCCGGAUUCUGAGGUCUUGUUUAUGCCCAGCAACAUGGACAGCUCUCAGAUGGCCUUCAAGUUCAAAGAGCUGCAGCUCAAACACAGCGUUGUGGCAGCUGAAAUAAUUCAACUAAAGGAAAAGCUAAGGGCAUCGGAGGAGGACAGAUCGUUGUGGGAAGCCAGAGAGUCUGCACUGGAGCAAAAGAUCGAGGAUGGCAAUGAUAAAAUCCUGAAGAUGGAGAGUUACUGGCUGGAGGCCCAGUCUCUGUGUAAGAAUGUGAAUGAACAAUUAGCUGAGACUCAGGCCCAGUAUGAGACCCUGGACAAGAAGUACAACAAGGCCAAGAAACUGCUCAAAGACUACCAGCAGAAAGAGAUAGACUUUGUGAAGAAAGAGGAGGAGCUGAAGAAAACUUUGGAUGAAAAAGACAAGUGGUACAGGGAGCAGCUGGAGAUCUUACAGAACAGGAUCUCUGUCCUGGAGUCCAGAGGGACAUCAGGUGCAGAGCGUCAGAGUGGUCAGGACUAUGCUGCAGAGGAGAGACUGAGCAGCCAAGGCUCAGUCACCAACACACAAUCUGUUGACUCACUGUCAGAACAAGACUGGAGUGAGUUGGUGCCUGAAACUGAGCGUUUGGACACCAGUGCACACAGAGCUAAAGGCUUGCUGGCUCAGAAAGCCAAACGUCAGCCUCCAUCCCGGACCAAACUGAAGGAAAGCCUUACAGUGACUUCAACUCACUCUCAGGAAACUGAAGAAGACGACGAGCAGGAGGAGCAGGAAUCUCCCAGGAGGCGGAGGUCUAUCCAGGAGAGCCUCUCCCUCCCUGUGACCGCCUGCUAUCCUGGGAAUGGACAGAAAGAUAAGCCCAGCGAGGCCAGAGAGGGAUCCAGGAGUAAGGUGGAGCUCUCCAGCAGCCCGUCUUUGUCACCAUCACAGGGCGACAGCAUUGAAAGCAGCGGAAGUCCUUCUUUGUCUCCUCCAAAAGACGGCUCCUCACCACAUUCCCCCUCUGGAUUCAUGCGCAACGCCAAGAAGAGAGAGUCCAAAGGGAAGGGCAAAGAUUCCAAAGAGGAGUUAAAUGAGCCUUCACCAACAGGAAAACCUAAAAGACGAUUUCCAGACUUUGGUGGCCUCCGGAAGUCAGGAGGCAAAGGAAAAAAACAACAGGACAAGGACGCGAUGAGAGCAUCUUUGGACAGCAGGGGGUCGGCAGAGUUACUGGAUGAACCUGGAGCAGGGAACCUGUCUCCUGCAGAGUCCAUGACCUCCAUCCCUACCUGUAUGCCCUUCACCUGGUUUGGAGACAAGGAGAGGGACAGAGACAGAGAGCCGUCCUCUUCCAGCAGCAGCCUGCCGUACACUGCAACUGAGAUGAGCAGCGAGCAAAGCCAUGAUCGCAAGAAUAAAACAAAUCUCUCCUGGUCCUCUUUAUUCAGUCGCUCAUUAGAUUUGAGUUUUUCAGUCAUAGAUGAUUCUAACGCUGCCAGUCCCAGUUCAGACAUCUCUGGGUUAGUUGCUGAGCCCAAUCUGUCUGGGCGCUCACACACUUUAAUCUUCUCUUCCAGCGAGACUCUGGAUGAUGAACCAGUAGCUACAGGGAAGGAGUAUCAGUGGCAGAACCGGCCUGUGACUGAAUGGACCAAUCAGCAAGUGUGCCACUGGUUGAUGGGCAUGAACAUGGACCAGUACACACCUGAAUUCACAGCCAAGGGAGUGGAUGGACAGCAGCUCCUGAACCUGGAUAGUGACAAAUUAAAGGCUCUCGGCGUGUCGAGUCAGAGCGACCGCUCAACGAUCAAGAAAAAGCUGAAGGACAUGCGCAAAGCCCAGGAGAAGCUGGAGAAGCAGAGGGAGAAAAGAGAGAAGGAGGUUCGACGCAGUGGGAAACUUCCCGUCAGUAAUGACUCUGUCUGCUGAGGGGGCAGCUCUGUUCUCUGAAGUCACGUAGCAUCAAGUCUAUCCCCACACAGAACUCUAAGAAAACACUUUUUAUACUGAUUGCGUCAUGUUCUUCAUUCCACAUGUUAAUGCCAAUAACCACAGAACUUUGUCCCUGCCUGAGGUGCCAGUAGUGAUUUAACUUCUUACUGUAGUUCCUGUCUCUUCCCUCAUUGCUGUUUUCUCCCAAAUGUUUUAACAAACAUCAGCUCAAACCGUUUUAUCUGUUAGUCGGGGGGGGUAAAAAAAACACUCAUGAGUUGGAUAUGUGACCAAAAAGGUAUCCUAAAAAUGUUUUACCACUAAAAAGCUCUAAUUAUAAAACGUCAGAUACGAUGUAGUUUGGUGCAAAUCAUACACAAGUUUAAAUGAAAUGUAUACUGCUUUUUACGCAUUUUAUAUUUUUGCUAGUAUAACUUGCCUGUUUCCGUGUACACCUCCUCUGCAGGAACCAUUAUUGUACAGUUCAGAUAAAAGCACUAUAUUUGUCUUUUAAGCUUCAAUGGGCGACAAGGUUUUAAAUGUAUAAAUCCGUUUUAUACAUGUGCCUAUUGAACUGCAUAUCUUUUUUUUUUUUUUUUACUCAAAUUCCAUUGUUCAUUUUAUACUAUCUAAAUUUUUCUACUAAGUAGAAUAGCCACGCUGUUGUUUUUGCUGAAUGGAAAGCAAAAAUAAACCAAACGAAUCAAGUAGUGACGAGGUGAAUGCUGCUCCUGUUGUCCCUGACUCUGACUGUGUGUGGCUGAGAUGGGACCGUGGUGCUCCAUGUAAAAACACACACCAUGUGCAGGUCCGCUACACGUACACCUCGCUGGUCCGGUAGAGGGUGAGAUGAGCCUAUGACAAGGACUUGUGUGAGUCGGGAGCACAGCUUCAUGUAUGAAUGUGAGGCCGGAAGAAGAGUCACUGACGGAUAAACUCAACUUCUUCCUUGUUUUUUUCUCGAGCAUUGACUCCAUGUGCUGUAUAGAAUACAACAUGUUGGGACUGCAAGAAAAAUGAUGUUUUCCACGUCUUCUGGAAUGGAGAAACAUUUCUUGGUACAUACGGCUACAAUAAACUAAUUUUCACUUUA